AUGUCCGCUGCUGCUGAAUCGAAACAGAGCACAGAAGUGUUGGCCGAAUUGUUUGGCAAGCUUGCUGUUGCUUCGCCUGAAGAGAGAGAUACCGCUGCUACUAAUGUGGCCUCUUUCCUCAAUGGUGAAAUCAUCGAACAUGAUGUUCCUUACGAAUUUUUCCAAACUCUGGAAAAGUCCAUCAAGGACAAGAAACAGGCUGUCAACGCCCUUGCCGCUGUGACGCACAUUGCUAGUGCUUCCGACUUGUCUCCUUCUGUUGAGCCAUACAUUGUUGGACUUGUUGAUGUGAUCUCCUCCAAGGCUGGUGACAAGCAACAAGAGGUCAGAGAUGCUGCUGGCGAGGCUUUGGUUGCUAUUGCCAAGGCCGUUACUCCAGUCGCUAUCAAGGACAUCUUGAAGAAGUUGCUGAAGAACUUGCACGAGACUGCUAAAUGGCAAGAGAAGAUCGCUCUCUUGAGUGCUAUUGCUGUGUUGGUUGAGACCUCCAAGACUCAACUCGCCCUCAGAAUGCCUGAGCUUAUCCCAGUCUUGUCCGAGGCCAUGUGGGAUACCAAGGUUGACGUCAAGAAGGCUGCUACUGAGACUAUGACCAAGGCUACUGCUACUAUUCAAAACAAGGAUAUUGAGCCUUUCAUUCCAAAGCUUAUUAGCUCUAUCUCUGACCCAACCCAGGUCCCAGAAACCGUCCACGUUUUGGGUGCUACUACUUUCGUUUCUGAGGUCACCACCGCUGCUUUGUCCAUCAUGGUUCCUUUGCUUUCCAGAGGUUUGGCCGAGAGAGACACCGCCAUCAAGAGAAAAGCCGCUGUCAUCAUCGAUAACAUGUGUAAGUUGGUCGAUGACCCUCAGGUCGUUGCUCCUUUCAUGGAGAAGCUUUUCCCUGCUUUGAAGGCUAACAUGUCUACCAUCGCCGACCCAGAAGCUAGAUCUGUUACCGAGAGAGCUCUGAACACUCUUAGAAGAGUCGGUGCUGUCCCAGCUGACGACACUAUCCCAGAGGUUUCCACUGCCGGUGACGUCGAGGUCAACCUUUCUAUUCUGAAGGACUUGGUCAAGGGUAAGCCAGCUAGAUUCGACAUUGUGCAAACCUACGUCGCUGCCAUUGCUGGUGACUUGAUCGACGAAAGAAAGAUCGACCCUGAAUCUUGGUCUUCUUCUUUGACUCCAUUCUUGACCAUCUUCUUGCACGAGAAGGAGUCCAAAGAGCUUAUUGAGGAGUUCAGAAAGAGAUCCGUCGAUAACAUUCCACAACCUCCUGUCUUCGAGGACGAGGAUGACGAAGGUGAAGACCUUUGUAACUGUGAGUUCUCUUUGGCUUACGGUGCUAAGAUCCUUUUGAACAAGACUCAAUUGAGAUUGAAGAGAGCUAGAAGAUACGGUCUGUGUGGUCCUAACGGUGCCGGUAAGUCUACCUUGAUGAAGGCUAUUGCCAACGGUCAAGUUGAGGGCUUCCCAACUCAAGACGAAUGUAGAACUGUCUACGUCGAGCACGACAUUGACGGUUCUCACGCCGAGACCCCAGUCGUUGACUACGUUUUGGAGCAAGGUGGUACUAAUCUCGACAGAGACUCUGUUAGAGCCAAGCUGUUGGAGUUUGGUUUCAGUGAACAAAUGAUUGACAUGCCAAUUGCUGCUCUUUCUGGUGGUUGGAAGAUGAAGUUGGCCCUUGCCAGAGCUGUGUUGCAAAACGCUGACAUCUUGCUUUUGGAUGAGCCAACUAACCACUUGGAUACCGUCAAUGUCGCUUGGUUGGUCAACUACUUGACCACCUGUAACAUUACCUCCAUCAUUGUUUCCCACGACUCUGGUUUCUUGGACAACGUUGUUCAAUACAUCAUCCACUACGAAGGUUUCAAGCUCAGAAAGUACAAGGGUAACCUUACUGAGCUGAUCAAGAGAGUUCCAUCUGCUAAGUCUUACAAGGAGCUGUCUGCUUCCGAGGUUGAGUUCAAGUUCCCAGAACCAGGUUUCUUGGAGGGUGUCAAGACCAAACAGAAGGCUAUUGUCAAGGUUUCUAACAUGUCUUUCCAAUACCCAGGUACUGUUAAGCCACAAAUCUCUGACAUCACUUUCCAAUGUUCCUUGUCUUCCAGAAUUGCUGUCAUUGGUCCAAACGGUGCUGGUAAGUCCACUUUGAUUAACGUUUUGACUGGUGAGUUGCUCCCAACUACUGGUGAAGUUUACGUGCACGAGAACUGUCGUAUUGCUUACAUCAAGCAGCACGCUUUCGCCCACAUCGACUCUCACUUGGACAAGACUCCAUCCGAGUACAUCCAAUGGAGAUUCCAGACUGGUGAGGACAGAGAGACCAUGGACAGAGCUUCCAGACAAAUCAACGAGAACGAUGAGCAAGCCAUGAACAAGAUCUUCAAGAUCGAGGGUACACCAAGAAGAAUUCAAGGAAUCCACGCUAGACGGAAGUUCAAGAACACUUACGAGUACGAGUGUUCGUUCUUGUUGGGUGAGAACAUCGGUAUGAAGUCUGAGAGAUGGGUUCCAAUGAUGUCUGUUGACAACGCUUGGUUGCCAAGAGGUGAAAUCAUUGAGUCUCACUCCAAGAUGGUUGCUGAGGUUGAUAUGAAGGAGGCUUUGGCUUCCGGUCAAUUCAGACCAUUGACCAGAAAGGAGAUCGAGGCCCACUGCGCCAUGUUGGGAUUGGAUGCUGAAUUGGUGUCCCACUCCAGAAUUAGAGGUUUGUCUGGUGGUCAAAAGGUUAAGUUGGUCUUGGCUGCUUGUACCUGGCAAAGACCUCACUUGAUCGUUUUGGACGAGCCAACCAACUACUUGGACAGAGACUCUCUUGGAGCUUUGUCUAAGGCCCUGAAGUCUUUCGAGGGUGGUGUUAUCAUCAUUACUCACUCUGCCGAGUUCACCAAGGACUUGACUGAGGAAGUGUGGGCUGUUGUUGACGGUAAGAUGACUCCAUCUGGACACAACUGGGUCCAAGGUCAAGGUGCUGGUCCAAGACUCGAGAAGAAGAACGACGACGAGGAAGACAAGUUCGAUGCUAUGGGUAACAAGAUUGCUGCUGCCAAGAAGAAGACUAAGCUUUCCUCUGCUGAGUUGAGAAAGAAGAAGAAGGAGAGAAUGAAGAAGAAGAAGGAACUUGGUGAUGCUUACGUUUCCUCUGAGGAUGAAUUCUAA